AAGAUGAAGGAAGAGAAAAGAGAGAAAAAGAAAGAGAAAGAGAAAGAGAGAGAGAGAGAGAGUAUGAAGAUUGGAAAAGAGUGAGAUUGAGAAAGAGAAGAAGAUGAGAUCGAGGGAGAUGUUGUGAGAGAGUUUCUGUUGAGUUGUUACCAGUUUCGUUAUAACUUUCAUUCUGUUCACAUCAAAGUCUUGCUGUUCAACAUUAUCAUAAAACUAUCAUCUUCAUCUUGAUUAACAUAGUUAUCAUGUGUUACUUUGAUAUCAAUUUGAAUUGUUGACAGUAAUUAAGGAUUAUUAUUACAAUAAUUGUUUGUUAUGCAAGGUCAAUCAGUGAAAACUUAUGAGAAUCCAUGUAAUUUAAUUAUUGGUAAUUAUUCAAAUCACCUGAAAACCUCAACACAAUCAACUAAUUAUCAUCAUUAUUAUUAUCCUACUUGUCAUCCAUUGGAAACUCCGUCCACAACAAUUAAUCCAGUGACAAUCAACAUCAUUGAAAAUAAUAACAGUAAAAUUGAUCCUGAUAGUUUAUUACCUUGUUUACAUUUAUCAUCAAUAAUGACCGGAAGUAAUAAAAUCUCAAUUGAAUCCUUAACAAAUAAUUCAAGUGGUCAUCUUAAAAACUCAACCACAACCACCACCACCAUUGGUAACAAUUUGAUCAACAACAACAACAACCUUACCAACAAUAACAAUAAUAUCAACAGCAACAUGAAUCAUAUUCACAACAAUCAGACCAACAUAAAUCAUAAUUGUAUCAACACAAUUAACUCCAGUGUUAAUAAUAGUAUCAAUAAUGUUAAUGGAACUUUGAAUAAUCAUUCAAACUACACAACGACCAAUAAAUUGAUGAUGAAACUUUUACCUUGGUGUAAAUUGAAGAGGAAACAGUUUGUUUUCCGAGAUUCACUUUCCUGUGAUGAUAUUUCAUCUGUGAUGUUUAGACGAUCAUCUGUCCAACCAAUUUCCGGGUUAUUCAAUGAUAAGAACUACCAAUUGACAACGAUUACAUCUUCAUCUUCAUCUCCAUCAACAUCCACCAUGACGACCUCAACAUCGGUCACCCCUUCAUCUUCAUCCAUCACCUCAUCAUCUCACUCGACCACUUCAUCUUCCUCGAUGACCAUGGCUCGUCUCUUUACGGGUAAACGCAAUUCAAAUAACAACAAAUCAAAUGGUAAUUUGAAUAGUAUUUUAUCCUACACGAUGACCAAUCGAAAACGAAACUGUCACAAUAAUUCAAUAACCAAUGGACAUUCAGGGUCAUCGAUUUCUUCUUAUCCAAUGGUCAGUUUUGUUAAUAAAGGUGAAGGAUUGGUUACAGUUGACUCAACUUUCGAUCGAAUUUUAAUGUCCAAUGAGAAUGAGCUUUACUCCCUUGGAUCAGCGAUCAAUAAUCCUCAUCAUCAUUCUCAUCAUCCUUCAUCAACAUCUUCUUCAGUUUCGUCUUCAUUCAAUAGUUUCUCCAAUGGAUCAUCUUCCCUUUCAUCAUCCAAAUCAAUGGGCAAUCUUGGUGCCAACUAUGGACCGAGUUGUUCCAGAAUUAAUUCAUCAACUUAUUCAACCUCUGAUUGUGAUUUACCAAGUGUUUAUGGUUCAAUGGGUGCCAAUGAACUGCCCCCGUGGUUUUAUGGGCCAAUUUGUAGGGAUAAUGCGAUCGAUAUACUAGCACGUCAACCAAUCGGAUCAUUUCUUGUUCGUGAAUCGAUAUCGAAACCAGGCUGUUAUGCGCUCUCGGUUCGAGUCCCGAAACGAUUCCAAGUGACCGGAGUAGCUCAUUACCUCAUAAUAAGAAGUUCCCAAGGAACCUUCAAAAUCAAGGGUUUCACCAAAGAGUUUUCCAGUCUCAAUUCACUGAUUGUCCAUCAUUCAAUCAUGCAGGAACUUUUACCAUGUCCACUUGAUUUAUCAACAAUUAAAAUUCACCAACAUAAAAACUCACAAACAAUUAUAAUUAACUCAAAUGAGGCUCAAACUCAGCUAAUUGAAGAGACGGCGAUACCAACAGACUCAACAUCCACAUCAACAACCACCACAACGGCAACUCAGUCCGCAACAAUUAACUCAACAUCAUCAACAACAAUUACAACGGCAUCAUCAUCAUCAUCAUCAUCAACUAUAACACCAACAAUUAACUCUAAUUAUGAUUAUAAUGACGACCUUCUUGUUGACAUCGAUUCAGAUCCUGAUUAUCAGAGGAUCUUGACUUCAUUCCGGAAAACUAUGGCUACAUGUAGAUAGACCGGCUCAGUUAUUUCGACAUCUUGAUUUAGUGGUAAAUUCAAAUGUUCAAAAUCGAUUCGAACUUUUUUUCGACUUUUCCAAUGAGAAACAAUCAACAUUUUCGAUCCUCUAUUUGUUCAGUGUUCCUCAUCCCAUAAGCAUCGUUUUGACCUUAGAUUGAUAGACAUUCACCAAGAGAUUUGUCCAGAGAUUAAAGAUAAAGGGACUUUCUGUCAAA